AUAUCAUUCGUAUUUCUUUAUUUCAGUGGAUUACGUUGACCAUUGGUUCCUGAUGAAAUCGCCUUUGCCACUCAUUUUAUUAACAGCAUCCUAUCUCAUUUUCGUAUUAAAACUUGGACCAAAAUAUAUGGAAACAAGAAAGCCUUUUAAAUUGACAACAUUUAUAACAGUCUACAAUAUCCUUCAAGUGACUUAUUCUUGUGCUCUAUUGUUUAUUGGUCUUAAUUUGAUAUCAACAUACGGACUGCUGAGUUCCUCAUGUCUUAUGGAAACUGAAGAUACCAAGUGGAAUGUGACAGUAGGCAUUUAUUACUACUUCUUCGCCAAAGUUACGGAACUAAUGGACACAAUUUUCUUCGUCCUACGUAAGAAAUAUAAUCAAGUGACAUUUCUACAUAUCUACCAUCAUUCCCUCAUGAUGUGGGCCACUUGGAUAUCCUUGAAGUACGAACCAUCCUACGGCACAGUAUUCCUCGGUACCUUGAAUUCUUUUGUCCACAUCAUCAUGUACACUUACUAUGCGUUAUCAGCGUUCCCGGAUCUAACGAAAUAUUUAUGGUGGAAGAAAUACAUUACCAUGAUGCAGUUGGUUCCAUUCAACGUAUAA